AAUCAGCAUAAAAUUUUCAGUAAAAUCGCAAACUCCAUUCAUCCCAACCUGACCGAUUAAGGAUGAUGGCCAGAAGAGCUGUUGUUUCUGCAAUUGAUCUCAUUCAUCGAAGAGGAUUUCUCAAUCGAUGGUCGCAGCAUAAAUCGGGUAUUCUCUCUCCUCUGUUCUCUCUCUUCUCUUCCGAGGCUUUUCAACCUAAGCAGCCCAGAAUCGAUUUCAGCAGUGUUAAAGAAUUAAAUGAUGCUAUUGAAUUGUUUCAUAAAAUAAAGAGUAUGCGGCCAGAGCCUUCUGUUCACCUCUACAACAAACUCAUGAGUGUUAGUGCAAAGAUUGAGCAGUAUUAUUUUGCCCUUGAUGUGUUCGAUGAAAUGCUUGGGAUGGGUGUCCCGGUUAAUAAUUACACAAGGAAUAUUGCUGUCAACUGUUGUUGUCUCUUGAAAGAUAUAUACUCUGCUUUUUCUAUAAUGGGAUUCUUUCUCAAGAGAGGUCACGAACCAGAUGUCGUGACUUUCGGCACUCUCAUAAAAGGGUUAUUCUUAGUUAAUAAGGAGGCUGAAGCCGUGAAACUGUUCGAAAAGAUUUUGGAUUUAAAACUUUGCGAGCCCAGUGAUGUUAUGAUUCUGCACGUGAUUGAUGGGCUGUGCAAAGCUGGACAGGUCAUUGAAGCCCAUGAUUGGCUUCAUAGAUUAGAAAGUAGUGGGUGGAGUCCCAAUGUAUACGCUUACAGUGCACUAAUUGAUGGAUUUUGUAAGAGUGGAAUGGUGGACAAUGCCUUCAAGGUUCUAUCCAAAAUGGUUGGGAAUGGUAUUUUACCUGACGUUCUCACUUAUAGUUCCAUUAUUCAUGCAUACUAUAAGGAAGAAAAGAUGGAAGAGGCUGAGAAUAUGUUGGAAAUUAUGACGCAACAACAUAUUUGUCCUAAUGUCUUCACUUAUUCUUCGCUUAUUGAAGGGCUCUGCCUAAAGGGUGAAAUCGGAAGAGCGAAACAGUUACUUGAUUCCAUCGUAGAGAGGGGCCUUAAACCCAAUAUUGUUAACUACAACACCUUGUUAAAUGGAUAUUGCAAGAAGGGAAGCAUGGAUGAAGCUUGGCUUAUUUUUCUUGAAAUUCCCGAUAAAGGUCUCCAGCAUGAUGUGCACACUUAUAAUACAUUAUUGGAUGGGUUGUCGAAGAGUGGGAAGGUUGAUGAAGCUCUGCAGCUGCUGUCCGAGAUGGUGGAGAAGGGCAUCUCGCCUAAUGUUGUCACCUGCAGCAUAUUGAUAGAUGGAUAUUGCUCGCAUGGCGAGAUGGUUAGAGCUAGACAGCUCUUCGAUUCAAUGCCAAAGAGGGGAAUCAAGCACAAUAUAUUCACCUAUUGUAUCUUGAUUAAGGGAUACUGCAAGGCGGGAAACCUUGAUGAAGCGUGGCGUUUCUUCAAUGAAAUCUCGCGUGUAGGUCUCAAACACUUGACCGUGUCAUACACCACGAUGAUGCAUGGGCUAAUAUGCCUAAGUAGUUUUUCAGAUGGGUGGAAGCUUUUCCAAGAAAUGGAAGCUCAGAAUAUACAUCCGGAUCCCCACACCUACAACAUUUUGUUGGAUGGCUUUUGUAGGAUCCAUCGGAUUAGUGAGGCGUUGGCAUUUUUGAGGGUGCUGGAGGCGAAAGGCGUGAAUCCUAAUAUCGUAACGUAUGGUGUUCUGAUCAAUGGCUUGUGCAAGGGCCAAAGACUUGAUGAAGCUAUAAGGCUCUUCAACCAUCUCCGUUUCAAUGGCUUAAAUCCGAAUGUACAAAUCUACAGCAUAAUGCUCGACUCCCUCUACAAUGAAGGGCGAGAAGGGGAGGCUAGGAGGUUGAUGGAGGAGAUGGAGCGGAGCCGCUGCGCGCCUAAUGGUGUGACGUUCAAUAUUAUUGUGUGGAAUCUGGUGAAGAGAAAAAAGGUGCAUGAGGCGAUUCCUUUCUUGGAGGAGAUGUGCAGGAGAGAAUUCGUGGUUAAUUCCGAUAUCAUUUAUGCUUUGCAUGAUGAACUAAGAAUUGGAGAAGGUAAAGAUGAGAAAUUGCAAGAGAUUGUUAAGAAAGUUUGUGCUCAAAAUUGAGAGAGGUUUCAAUCUACUCUCAGCUUUUCUUUUAUCUCUAACGCUUGGAUUAUUCAAGGGCUGUGCGAUGUUGGUAUAUUACAAGCCGAGGAGCUCAGUUGGCCGAUACCAAUGAGUCACGACACGGCUGGUCUGCGGCUGUGUACAUUAAUUUCUCGUAAGACUGUUUGGCCUUCAAAUUGCAUUUACACAUUUAUUGAAUCAUUAUUUCCCCUAUUGAUAUCUCACGCUCAUCAAUUGAUGAUCUCAUUCAAGCUGACGACGAUGUAAUCAUCAUUAUAAAAUGAUGGCUUGAUAUGAUUUGUGGUUACUGUUUGCUAAUUGAAGAGUUAAAUCUGCACACGCAUGAAUGUGUUAUCUGAUAAAAUUUAGCUCAAGUGAACUGCUGUCUUGACUGUGUAUCCUCCCACGAGGCUCCACCACCGCGACGACGUAGCUGCCGAAGCUUCUGUUGGAGCCAUAAUACAAUGUUUGUGAUGUUGAUACUGUUGACUGUUGAGUUUGUCUCUUCUAUAAAAUACUUUGCAGCCUUUACUUUUAA